AUGUCCAUGAGCUGUUGUCUGUCCAACGACCCUUCGUCGUCGUGGUUGCCAAAAACCAUCGCGUACGGAACCUUGGAUCGCUCAAAAAUGUCACACACCUUUAAAAUCGUGGUCUCCGAGUCUGGAGAAUCGUCCCCAAACACCUGGUCACCAGUCAUCACCACCAGAUCCGGUUUCUCGAGCUCCAGCACAGUCUCCACAAAUUCUGUAGUUCUCAGAUCAGCCUCGCAAUACUCUCCCGAAGACAGUUUCGGCCACGGGUCCAAACACACUCCUUCCAGCGUGGAGAAGUGCAGGUCCGCAACCUGGAGGAUCUUGAACUUGUUCUGUUUGUUGAACGCCAGCUGCGGCUUAGAAGGAGACUUGACUGUCUUUUUGUAG